UCGAGCUUUCUCUGCGUGACACGCACCGAUUCCGAGCUCUCGGGCUCGAAAUCGUCUGGGAUCCAGCUGCGCGCUCGAGACGCCUCGGCGGAAUGGAACGGCUCGGGGAUGUCGCGAAAAUAUCGAGGUUCCCCAGGAGGGUCUAAAUUUUCGCGGGGCCGUGCGAAAUCCAUUUGCGAGUAAAUGCUCGAAGAACGUCGUGCGGGAAUUACUAUGCCUCCGCCGGGGGUGAGUUUGCAUCGUACUAAAGGAGAGCUUCUGAAACCGGCCGACCAGCCUGGACGGUGAAUCCGAAACUUUCGUUCCGAUAAUCGGGGAGAAUAGCCGCUGUUAUUGAUUAUUUUCGUGGUCGUCGGCUGGUUCUGCGAUCGUUUCUUCAUGCGACGCGAAAUUAUCUUCACGAAAACUUGACUGAAGCUCCGGCUAAUGAACGUUUGUAUCUUUAAAGGAAUCUCGGUGGACGUGUGCGUGAAUACGAUAGCGGGAUAGCCGCGCGGAUAAACUUCCCCGUGACGCUGAUGAUUCAUAUCGGUGUGUUUCUUUAAGAAGAACGUGCUACGUUCGCGAAUUGUCUUUCAUAUUUACGAUUAUAAUCGAUAAUAAUUGCAAACGGUGAUCGCGAUGAUGUCAUAAGGUGUGCCUUCGUAAUCACUUUCUGGCACGGAUCGUUAACGACUUUGAGAUAUUCGCGACAUUUGUAAUACCGUCUCCCUUGAAAAAUGUAAAAAAUAUAUCAGACCGAGGAAAGGUUAGAUGUCUCGUGCUGUAGAAUAGGAUACAACCCCGCGAUGUAAAUCAUGCAUCAGAAGUGCAGCGAGCGUAGGAAAAGUUGUGUCUCUAUAGACAACUUUGGCGCACGCCGUGAACGUGGUAGUCCUUUAUCUUGGAUUAAAAGUUGGAAGAUUAAGAGUCUCUCGAAUUUCUCAGUAAGAUAGGACAGUGAGACAAUGAGAUAUAAGUAAAUUUGCAAAGAUAAAUAGCGAUUCCUGAAUUCUGGGGCCCACGAAUAUUGUUAUCGCGCGAAUCGACGAUUAAUAACUGAAUAAGUUAUUAAUCGAAAUCAUAAAGGAAGGACGGCAAUAUUUUAUAAAUAUCAAAGUUGCUCGAGCAACAAUUCGUUGUUUGAAUUGUGUUCAAAUUCCAAACACAAUUCCAAACACGUUCAAACUCCAAACUCCGUCUUGUUUGUCACAACAUGUAAAAUCCCUUUCACUGGCCGCUUUUUCUUUCUUAAUGAUUAAAACGCAUUAGCUGAUCUUAUUUUAAUAAUAUAUAUUGACAAAACAUUAACUGCGCAGAGAAACGCUUAUUUUCAAGCUCUACUGCAAAGGACGCCAUAUAGAGUCUGUAAUCUCUUCGAUUAAACGACUCCACGUGAACUCACAUAAGCUUGCUUAAAGUUCGGUAUAAGUUUUAUCUUUAUCGACCCUGUGCGACGUAUAUAGCAAUUCCUGUAUACAUUUAUAUACGCACAUAUAUACACACACACACACACAUAUAUGCACACACAAAUUAUGACGAUAAUCUAUAUUAAUAAAAUACAAUGAUAUAAAGCAUUUCGCGUUUUGAAGCACUGACCAGCCUCAAUAACGGCCGCGCCGUUUCAUUUCGCUUCGGGACGUCGGCGAAUCCGGCAAAAAAUUCCACCGCAUGAAUGAAUCUCUCUUUGACGAUCGAGCGAUUUAAUAAGCGAUUUCAUCCCGAUAUCAAAGGCGUGUCUGUGAAUUUCAGGGAACAGUCGCGAGAUUUAGCCUCCUUGAUUUUCCUUACGGAUCGGCACGUAUAUAAAAAUUGAGCGAGUUCGUACAACAGAGCGGAAUCGAUGGCACUCACCGGCGUCAAAGUAAGGAAUUGUUCGCUGCGCGAAUAUGACGAAGACCGAUUUAUACGACCGGGCUUUCUCGCGAAUGCUUCGCAUUGUUCCUCGCGUUUAUCUGUAACGAGAAUCGAACGAUCGCGUCGUUGUGCCGAAAGCCCGACGGUGCUGUGUCGCAGACUAAGUUGCGAGAAUGCGUAGACAAAACGUAAUUGUUUCACAUACACACACACACACACAUGUUGCUUCCUGCAAUAACCUUUACGUAUUUAGAGCGGCCGCUGUGAAGUCAUAAUACCACGCGAGACCGGGUCGUGAAUAUUUGAAACGCUCGGUUUUAACGGCAUGCUUAUUUCAAACGAAUAAACGGGGCAGCCUACUUUCGACGGCUGGCUACGAGUAUUAAUUCGGCUUGAAUCUUUCGUCGCAUCAGCUCGUCGAUCUACUCGGAUCUCUGCCUCUGAUGAAGAGAGGAAAAAACCGGAAUGAGUAUUAAAUAUACCGCACGGAGAUUAGUUGAUCUUCGAUUGAUAAAUACGAUGAAAGAAACGUCACAUUCGCACGCACCGCUGACAGUAUUGAUUUUACCUGUCUCCGCUGGCAUAUUCUUUCCGUGCACGUGUGUUGUUCAGCUGCAAAGUAACGCGCUGAAACACCGUGUACACACAUGCACACACACACACACACACACACACAUAUAGAUAUACACGCGCGCAAUCCGUUAUUAAAAUUUACAUUCUUUGAUCGUGCGGUCGAAUGCACAGCCGCAAAGGAAAAAUGUUUAAUCGACGCGGCGUACGUCGCUUCGGGCGAUCAAGAUAAAUGGCUUUUUGUUGCACAAUGCAAAGUUUACAAAGAACGUCGCUUGUGGCGGGAGCAUUCCGGUGCAUAUUAUCCCUCGGGAAUCCCCGUGACAGGGUCUUCCCCGGCGAGCGCGCCGCACACAGACGCGCGUGCACACACAAGGAAAGCUCGAAACAGUCCGCGGAUCCGCCGCGGAAAGACGGAAGACAAACCACUCGAGAAUUGCCCGCAGAUCGUUCCUUCGUCCCUUCGACGUCCGACGUGACGACGAGCAACGAGCACGCCGAGGGCGACGACGACGAGGACGACGACAACGACAGCGACGACGACGACGUCGCUCGGGAGCCUCCACGUAACCAGCACUGCCGUUUGUUCUCCGAGAUGGCGGACGAAAAGGAGAAGCAGACGUUCGUGCAGAAGCUGCUGUUCUACACGACCGCGUUCUUCAUCCUCCUCAGCACCUUCAGCCUCUUCGCCUUCCUCUUCUUGGUCCCCUUCGUUAUCGACCCCGCCUUCACCACCAUCUUCAUGCAGUUUGACACUCGACCCGCCGAGUGCGUCACCAUCGACGUUGAGUCCAGAAGAGGUACGAGCAAUUGCUCAUGGACGUCCUGUAGAGAGGGUUGUACUAAGGAGCUGUACGAUUGCACGCAAAUACGCGUCAACUAUAAGCUACCGGGUAACGUGUCCGAAGGGUCGGAUGAGGGAGGUGGAGCGGUAGGAGGUGUCGAGGAUGACGAAGAGAGCAAGAAGAUGCCGCGUUACGAGCGUUCCUUAGGGAACUUCGGCGAGUACGUCGAGGACCUCGAGGAGGAAUUCGACGAGGAAGACGAGACCGGACUGCCGAAACCUUACCCUACAGGUCUCAUGGGCAACGACUCCGUGUGGUACUUCACCGGGGCCAAGCUGUUCCCCAACGUAAAAGGCUGUGGAUACCCUCCAAUGCUGAAUUGCAGUAUUUUCUACCGGCAGUACGCCAACAUAGGGCAGAACUUUAGCUGUUACUACUCGAAAGUGGACCCCGGGAUAGUCAUCAGCGACCUCGACAUGUGGCAGGUGUACAUGAACCUUGUGUACGCGAUGGCGAUUCCGAUACCGUCUUUCAUAAUCUCGGUGAUAUACCUCACCAUCGCCUACUUCAAGAUCUACAACGAAGACGAGGAGGUCCUUGUAGGCAAGGAAGAGGGCGAGGACGGGGUGGAAGGGAACGAGGGCAGUGGUACACCCUUGCCACCUACGAGCGGCGCAUUAACGCCCGGAAGUGAAGCCUUCAGGGAGGAUUUGGCGAGCUUCGGGCACCAACUCAAGGUCGCAAUGGCCGACGACAUCAGCAGGGAGAGCCUCGACGGGAUCCCCAACUCGCUUUCUGUUCAGGGAAACUUGAGCAAGACGAUGACGACGAGUAUCUCAACUCCCCCUGGGCCGACGGCGGCAGUCUGAAGCGUCAUUUUCAAGGUCUGAAUAAUAUCUCGUGGAGACCACACUAAGCGAUAUCUCGUCGCGUUCGUAAAAAACGAGAAACGUUACCACAGUGUUGUCGGAUGAGCUUUGCUGACCGCGGAGGAGUCAAGUUAUCUCUCUCUCAGGAUCUCGACGGAAAACAAACAAAAAAAAGAACAACACCCACCCUCGCGAUUUCACGGAGUGAACCAGAGGCACACUCGGUAGCCGAGUAACACACACGAAUCGUGCGCGAAUACACGGUGAUUCGAAGGGAACGUUGACAAAUCUCUGCCAUUCUAUCGUAAAUCUGUCACCGUUGAAGCGCCGACUAAUACCUACCUACUUACCUACCUAACAGAUGAUACGACGAUAUUUUGCGACACGGACUUUUUCCUACUCAAUAAUAGCUCAACUUGUACGCGAGUCGCGCGUAUAUAUCGAUGAUUCUCUGUCAACAGCUCUCUCGCGGUCCCUCCGAUCGCGCCGAGAGUCUUCGCGCUCGUACGCGCGUCCGAAAAACAAGUCUUUCGUUUCUUGCAACGUUAACGUCGGCGCGCGCGCUGUAGCCGGUUAUUCCGCGUGCCGGAUUGAUUUACCUCGCACGAUGCCUUCUUCGUAUAGCUUGUCUAAGUGCGAUUCGCGCUUCCGGAAGAUCUGACUCGCGAAUCAUGUGCCUGUAUCAUCGCAUUCCGCAAAAGGUGUGAAGAGUCUGGCCCAGUUGAGAGAAGGAACUUAUCACGGCGUUCGUAUGUGCGCGAGCGUUCGGGGGUACAUUAUAUAUUUUUGAACGAUUUUCCACGACACGUCGCGGCGACGACGACGGCGGCGGGUGCGAUUGUCCCGCGCCGUGAAGGAGGGAACGAAUCUCAGUCAUUUUGAAAGCAACAUAAGUCCGAGAAAGAGAGAGAGAGAGAGAGAGAGAGAGAGAGUUCGAAUUCUUCGGAUCGCGAUGAAGAGAAGCGCGCUCUGUUUCUCAGCCGUGGGAAUUACAUGUACAUAUGAUAUAUAAAUUCAACGAUGAAUUAUGAUUCUCGAAUUACAACUGGGACGCUAUUUGGGUGAUACGCCGAUUGAUAAAGGACGCGCGUUGUUCUUACACAUGUAUACUUACACACACAUACACACACACGUAAGAAACCCGUCGCUACUCCACGUUCCUGCGACAUCUUAUCGAUUAAUUCGACCGUAUCGAACCGAGACUCGGGGACUCGUGCCGUUCUCAAAAUGACCGACGCAAAUUCUUGCAACGAAGCGCACACCGAGUAAAACGCUCCCUCUGGUUCACUCAACGAUACCGAGCGAACACUCAGCCGGGAUAGAACGCAGGAGGGAGGACGGAGAGGCGAGGCUCAGGCUCGCGCGGUAUCACUAUCUAUAUAUUAAAAGUCACGAGUUUAUCUAUGGACUAAAAAACUUAAUCAGUAAACUAUACGAGCUAAAUACCGUUAAAUACGUUUACGAGUACUAACCAGGUAAUUCGCUUGCUGUGUGAUCAUGAUGCGUCCACGUCACGUGCAUCUUAGACACUUUUAUCAGACACCGACGACACACGUCCGUUCCACUUAUUAAAUUACUCGGCGACACGCUUUACGCAGAUUACGACAAGAGGAAAGAGAAAAAAAUAGAAAUAAAUAACGCGCGAUUCGCAAAAGUCCACCCCCGCACCGUUGCGGCCUCGUCCAUAUACUACGAUCUCCACACGCACAAAUUCCAGCGUUUUUUAGGGUACCUGACUGAUACGCUCGAUGAAACGGUAGUAGGUACCUUUCGCGAGAAAGUCACACGACUACGCACGCAUCGUUCAAAUCAACACGCGAGUACACACAGAAUGAAGAAACGUACGGUUUCCUCGUCGAUACGAGAAUGUUUCAGUAACAAAACCAAAACCGGAAAUUCGGUCCGCUUGUUUUUAGGUGUACGCUCAAUUACCGCUCUCCCUCUCUUUCUACACUGAGAACGGGACAAUUAAGCGCCGUUGAUUCGGAGAUCGAAGCAAGGGGAGAGAAAAGCGAGGGUGCAACUAAAAACAACGGACCCCCCCUAUCGUUGCUAAAUUUUUUCAGUGUGCCGGUUUGUAUCUCGACAUUAUACUUUUACAAGACCCAGCUACUCCGAUUGUGGAUAAGUUUAAAUGGGUCAUCGGGUUCGCCCCCUCGAGAAGCGAAGUAUAUUCGAGCCCGGGCGAUUUAUAAAUCGUGACCUCGAUAUUAUCAGUCGUAAUGAGCUUCGUGCUACUCCUCAGACUUUGAAAGAACGGUUUUGUCUUAUUAUCGUCUCAAUGUCAGCCGUGAACGCGAUUAGCCACACGUUAUGAUUUUGUAAAGCGUUAAACGUCACCUGGAAUAUCGACCAAACGUUUGCCGCAUGGAAACUGCUCCCUUCGAAUAUAUCCGUGUAAUACUUUAACGUGUCCAAGCGUCAAGUCGCGAGCAUUUGUUUCGAAACUUCGAAUACUCCUCCACUCUCAUUCAUAUAUUUUUCUCUCCCUCCCUUCCUUCCUCUCUCUCUCUCUCUCUCUCUCUCUCAGAAUGGCUCUAAAUUAUUUGUAAUUAUUUACGAUUACUAGAGCUACUUGAGAGGAUAUUAGAUAUUCCAUGUGGCAUCAAAUCGGGCGAGAUGCGAAGAUACACAUACACACACACGUGUGUAUGUGUUCAAUUAUUGUUCGACUAUUGGUUCACGUUUCCGGAAUUCGUGCUGUUUCUGCGAUCAUACACAUACACGCACACACACACUGAAGAAUGUGCAUACACCUAUGCAACACAUCACCACGAGAGGCGCACACACACAUUCCACACACAUCGGUAAUCUAUGGAAAAAAAAAAAGAUAAUUGAAUUGUUUUUAUGGAUUAAGAACAAGUUGUCUGUGAUCUACAAUAAUUAAAAGAAUAUUUAAUAAGUAUUAACAGAUAAAAGUAUAAUUGAAAUAAUAUCGAUAAUGUUGAAUGAUGGAAGGAAGAAAAUUAUCGAACGGAAGCGAACAGAUUUUAUUGGUAUACAAGUUGAGCGCAGAUUUCCCGAAGCAUUGGUAGAGCAAUAUGAUACAAUAGCGCGAGAGGAAUAAAAUAUCGCAUUAAAAGUCACUGCAAAGGAAUUCUAGGAGAAAAAAGGUAUAUUAUAUAUAAUUAUAACAAAUAUAGAGACUUACAUACGAUAGAGCACGCAACGUCUGAAAACAUUUUAAAUCGCUGCUGUUAAUCUGUAAACUAACUCGCGAUAUGAAACAAAAAAAAAAGGUGCGUGCUGCGUUCGGAUAGUGUACCAAUAAAAAAGAAUAUAUAUACAUAUAUAAAUAUUAUAUAUAGCACUUAACCGUCGCGGCUAAAAGUACAUAGGGUUAGAUAGAUUUAUAGAAGCGCAAAACACCAAAAAUCGUUCCUUCCACCCGCUCCGGCCGUAUAUUCGAUUAUCGAUUUUAAAUAUAUCGCAUCUCAUACAUGAAAAGUCAGAGCUCUGUGAAUUUAUAAAAGCGCACUCAGAAUGCAAUUAGCAUUGUCAUUUUACUAAAAACGAAGAAAAAGGAUGAGGUAAAACACAAGAGAAAUUAUAUAUAUACGCCUAUGCCAUCACCGAAUAAUAAGUUAUUCAACGAGCGUUGCGAAAGAUGUCCGAGAUAAUUUUUGUACAGUUCUGGCACACACGAAGAAGAACGUGUAACAUCGUCGUCGUCUUUAUAUUUAUGUACAUUUCAAUUAUUAUAAAUUUUUCGAUAUUAUUGUCGAACUAUGAUCGAUUUCGUGUGAAAGUGUAUAUGGCUUUUUCUGCGGUUAACAAUAAAAUGUUGUCAAAGCUUU